AUGGAACGUCACUCCCUAGCGGUUAGCACCAUUGCGGCUGACGUUCGAAGAUUUUAUGAGCAUGGCGAAUCUUACAGAGUUUUCCAUGGUUCUUCGAACAGCACCCGUCCUCGACAUGGAGCAGAUCAGAACAUUGUUGACUUUAGCAGUCUCUCGCAUGUUGCUUUAGUUGAUUCGGAGCGCCGCAUCGCUCUCGUGGAGCCAAAUGUUCCAAUGGACCGCCUAGUUGAGAUAACCAUGGCCCACAACCUUGUACCUCCUGUUGUCAUGGAAUUUCCUGGAAUCACUGCAGGUGGAGGUUUCUCGGGGACAUCAGGAGAAAGCAGUUCAUUUCGGCAUGGUUUCUUCAACAAUACUGUCAACUCGGUAGAGAUUAUCCUCGGCAAUGGAGAUAUCGUACAGGCUUCUAGUCAAGAACGAGAGGAUCUAUUCCACGGAGCUGCAGGCGCUGCGGGAACUCUUGGUAUAGUCACCCUAAUUGAACUACGUCUUGUCGAGGCUAGAAAUUUUGUGAAGACCACCUAUCACAAAUUUCAAGGAAUCCCACAAACAAUCUCAGAAAUUCAAAAACAAACCGAAAAUUCAGAAAUCGAUUAUCUCGACGGAAUCGUGUUUUCCCCACAGCACAGUGUCAUCAUCUCUGGUAAAUUGGUCGAUGAGAAGCCAGCUGAGUGCAAGUUACAGACUUUCAGUGAUCCAAGCGACCCAUGGUUUUACAUGCAUGUCAAAGAUAAGACACUGUCGCUCAGCGAGUGGUCUAAGGUUGUCGAAUAUAUUCCCCUCAACGAAUAUUUAUUCCGAUACGAUAGAGCGGGUUUUUGGGUGGGUCGACAAGGAUUUACCUACUUUAAAGUUGUUCCCUUCACAAAAUUUUUCCGUUGGUUAUUGGAUGACUAUUCCCACACGCGAACACUCUAUCAUGCACUUCAUGCACUUCAUGCCAGUGGUGUUUCAUCAGAAUUCGUGGUUCAAGAUGUAGCUCUGCCAUACGGAGGAAGAGUUCUGGAGCCAAUAUGA